UAUGCAUAAAUUGAGAAUUGUACAUAGAGAUUUAAAACCUGAGAAUUUAAUGCUUGAAAAUAAAUAGAGAAUCAAGAUUAUUGAUUUUGGACUAUCUAAUUUAUAUUAAAAUGAUGAAUUACUAAAAACAGCAUGUGGAUCACCAUGUUAUGCUGCACCUGAAAUGAUAGCUGGCAAAAAAUAUAAUGGAUUAAAUUCAGAUAUUUGGAGUGCCGGUGUUAUUUUGUUUGCUAUGUUAGCUGGCUAUUUACCAUUUGAAGAGGCAAAUACAAAUCUAUUGUAUAAAAAAAUCUUAGCAGGAGAAUACAAAUGUCCUGGAACUAUUUCAUUACCUGCUAAGAAUUUAAUUGCUGGUAUUUUAUAAACUGAUCCUCUAAAAAGAUACACAAUAUCAGAUAUUAGACGACAUCCUUGGCUAACUAAUAAUCACAAAAGUCCAUUAUAAGUUGGCAUUAUUGUUGGACUUCAUAAGAUUCCAAUAGAUUUCGAUAUAUUGAAAUAAUUAGUUAAAAUGGGUUAUGCUUAAGAUUACAUUGAAAAGUGUGUAGAAAAUAAUAGACAUAAUCAAGUGACGACAAUUUAUUAUUUAUUAUUAAAAAAGCAUUUAAUCAAUGGAGGAAAAUCUUUUGCUGGUAAUUAUUUUACUUUUCACCAAAAUAGAUAUUGGAUCUGAUAUAUUCACACCUAUACCAAAUCCACCUAAGCAUGCUUCUACUUCCGAUUAUGGUGCUAAAUAGCUUAAUAAACCUUUGCCUGUUAUUAGACCAAAACUACAUGAUGAAUCUCCAAUAAAUCUCAGAAGUCGUUAUAUUAAUAAUUCUCUACAUUCUCAAUAAGCUACAACUUUAAAUUAAUCACCUAAAAUUCAUUCUGUAGAUUCUAAAAGACCACAACUCGAUAAUUUUAAAUUAGACUUGAAUUAAACUGUAAGAGAUACAACUUAUUCAAAAAACAUCAAUCCAUCUGUUAGACCUAGAGGAAUUAGUGAUUAUUAUUCUAAGCAAGGAACUAAUGCCUAAGAAUCUACUAGAUAAAAAUCAGUGGAUUAUGGACCAAAUAAUUAAAUCAAUUUAGCCUAUUAUAAUGAUACAAGAAUGAAAACAUUUUACAAGGUUAAGUGA